UGGGUCGGUGCAAUAUUCAAAGAAGUGCGAUGAGCGCGAUGAGGAGCAUGGAAGAGGACGACGUCUUGCUGGCGCCGCUCCAUGAAGACGACGACCUGCAGGAAGACGAGGAUGACGAUAUGCUCGGCGAAGAUGACGACGACGACUUGAUGCUGGACGAUGACGAUGGCGGCUGGAGCGUCGACCUCGACGACCUCGACGACGUCGGCAGCCCCACGAGCGUCGCGACGCCCGACGCGUAUGGCUACGAAGAGCUGCUCUCGCGCGUCAACCUCUCGAGCGAGGAAGACGCGCCGUUCACGUUUCUGCUGCCAACGAGCUGCGACGACAGCAUGGCGACGAUCGACGAGAGCGCGCCGCCGAGCGAGUGCGGCAGCAUUGGCGGCGACGAAACCGACUCGGACGACGUCGUGUGCUGGGGCGAGAACGAAGCGGAUGAAAAAGAGUACCAAGACAUUGACCACCGCGUGAUUUGCGACAAGCAAAACCGGUUUUGGGCGCCGGCCGACGAGACCAGCGCCAGCAGUCCGAGCAGCGACGCCAAGCACAUGACGUCGAUGGUUGCGCCGCUGCCAUCGACCAACGUGACCGAGUCAGGACGCAUGGUCAACCGCAUUCUGGCGUCGUGCCUCAAGAAGCGCAAGCUCCACGUGCCGUACAAGCACCAAGUGAAGCUCGUCAACUUUACACCGGUUGUCGCCAAGACGACGCCGACGCUGCUCUCGUCGACCAAGGCGAUCAUGGCGCCGGUCCGGACGCUGCCGUCAACGAUUGCCGUCUCGUCGUCCUCUUCGUACAGUACAAGCAAAGCGCCGGACGAAGCGAGCAAGUCGGUCGAGACGGCGCCGUUGCCGCCGUUCAUUGCGAUGCCUGCUAACCACACACCGACGAUGAGCAAGGCACGGGACAAGGAUCACGUCAUGCAGCCGAACGAAGACCGCAAGAAGAUUGAGACCUCGACGCCGAAGAAGCUGCCGACACUGCCCGUGCUCGGUGUCACUGCGCCGCAUUUGACCAAGAAGGUCGCCCAAGAGAAACGCAAGCACGCGAUGAUGGCGACCGGCCUCACGCUGGCGUCGUUUAAGGUGACGCCAAUGCCGCUGACGCCGUCGGCCGACGACUCGGACGUUGACAUGAUGGCAAUCGACCAAGAACUUCUGGACCUUUGCAAGUCGAUCACGGACACGACGUCGCGCAUCUUGCGGCCAAAAGUCGACUUUUGCCGCUGCCGGACCUCGGCUGCAUGCCUCAGGACCUGCGCGACCUCAAGCUCAAGAUUGAGGCAACCGAAGUCAAAGUCGAGGGCACCAAGCAUCGGCACCGCAAGGGCGGGCCGUGUCCGCGAUGCCAAGUGCAGAACCAGCUCCGGGCGGCCAAGCGAGCGCUGCUCUGUCGCAUGAAACGCUACAAGUAAUCGCACCUCUAAUCUUAUGGACACGAACAAAUUUUCUAAUUACUUGAUAAUCUUGGCGUCGACGAGCUUGAGGCGCGCGCACCGC